GUAACUUUGACUUGUAUGUGAUCUGUUUCUGUGUUAUUAACACAACGCAUAACACACAUAUGUGAAAAAAAGUAUUGUGUAUGUAAUUUUGGCAACGGCUGAGCCUGGGGAAGGAGAAGAGAGAAGCGGCCUUUAGUGGUCACAUGAUCUUAGGGGCGUGACUUCAUGAAAAACAUGGCCGCGCCCGGCGAGAUCAUGUUGGAUUAAUCUAUUUGUGAACGAUCUAGGCAUUAUACUACAAAAUACAUUAAUAAUAAGUUUGUUCACGUAUAACUGAAGUGACAAUGAAGACAUUUUGCGGUCGUGCAAAUCCAACAACCGGAGCGCUGGACUGGGUUGAGGAAAGCGAGGAGUAUGAUUACCAUCAGGAGAUUGCGAGGUCCUGCUAUGCAGAUAUGCUCCAUGAUAAAGACAGAAAUGAGAAAUACUACGAAGGCAUUCGAGCAGCGGUGAGCAGAGUAAAGGCACGUGGUGAACGGGUGGUGGUCCUGGACAUCGGCACUGGGACGAGUUUGCUCUCCAUGAUGGCUGUGACGGCUGGAGCUGAUUACUGCUAUGCUAUAGAGGUGUUUAAACCCAUGGCUACUUUGAAUUUGUGUCAUAUAAAUACUGUAAUGAACACCAUCAUCUGUAUCACCUUGCAUUGCAUUCUUGCAAAUAUAAAUGUAUUUGUAUCUGUAGAUGGAGACAUGCAAGAAAGAGCUAACAUCCUUGUCACGGAGCUGUUUGAUACAGAGCUGAUCGGUGAAGGAGCGUUGCCCAGCUAUGAACAUGCACACAUGCACCUCGUCCAGGCAGGUUGUGAAGCUGUGCCGCAUCGUGCAACAAUCUAUGCCCAGCUGGUGGAGUCGGACAUGCUGUGGAAAUGGUCACAGCUCCAACCCAUAGAGGUGGAUGGGAACAAACUCCUGCCCACUCUUGCUGUGGUGAAGUGUGCAGGAGCGCCCUCUGUCUGUGACAUCCAGCUUAGCCAGGUGCCACCAGAGUCCUUCACUCCCCUCGGGCCCAUUUGUACCAUGUUCAGUGUGGAUUUCAGCAAACCGGUUAGCAGCACUGCUCAGUCCUACAUGGCACAGUUCAAGGCCCAGACCAGCGGGAGAGCACAGGUGGUCUUAUCCUGGUGGGACAUCGACAUGGACCCUGAUGGCAACAUUGUGUGCACUAUGACCCCCAGUUGGAACUACUCAGAUCCUCAUACUUACCCUUGGAGGGAUCACUGGAUGCAGAGUGUCUACUUCCUUCCUGCAGAGGAGAAUGUGUCCGAAGGAGAAGAGCUUAAUUUAAUUGUCUCCCAUGAUGACUACAGUCUCUGGUACAGUCUUACGCAGAGUGAACAAAAUGAUGUCAAAGUGGCAAAGUUUCGACCAUGCUGCACCUGUCAGGCCCACCUGGUCUGGACGAGGCCUCGCUUCGGGGAACUGAACGACGAACAGAGGACAGAGAGUUACGUGAACGCAUUACGUAGUAUUCUGAAACCAGACAGUGUAUGUUUGUCUGUCAGUGAUGGGAGCCUGUUACCCAUUUUUGCUCAUCUGCUUGGAUCUAAAAAGGUGUUCAGUUUGGAAAACUCUGGAAUGGCGAAACAAGUGAUCGAACAGGUGCUGCAUGCUAACUCACUGAAACAUGGAGUACAGUUGCUGGAAAUACGACCUGAGCAGCUCUCAUUAGCUGACUUAGAAGGAAAUCAGAUUUCAGUGUUGAUGGGAGAGCCAUACUUCAGCACCAGUCUUCUGCCGUGGCACUCUCUGUUUUUCUGGUACUGCCGCACCGCUGUGGCACAGCUGCUCCAUCCCAAUGCCACCAUCCUGCCCCGUGCUGCCACACUUUACAUAGUCGCUGUUGAAUUUCGGGAUCUGUGGCGAAUCCGAGCUCCUUGUGGUACUUGCGAAGGCUUUGAUGUCAGUCCAAUGGAUGAGAUGAUUCAGCAAUCUUUGGAUUACCGUGAAUCCUGGGAGGCAGAGCCACAUCCACUGUGGGAAUACCCAUGUCGUGCUCUGACCAAACCACGGCCAGUUAUGACAUUUGACUUUACGCAAUGUGUUCCUGAACAACCAAUUAACAGUGACGGGACUGUGCCAUUCACGGG